AUGCCUUCGAACGACUCGAUGAUCGGCUCGAGCUCGCGAACUUUUUGGUUUCGUGAUGCCAUCAUCUAUCAGAUCUGGCCCGCUUCGUUCCGUGACAGCAACGACGACGGUAUGGGCGAUAUCCAGGGCAUCAUCAUGAGCCUCGACUACAUCAAGUCUCUCGGUGUCAACACCAUCUGGCUCUCUCCCAUGUACGAUUCUCCCCAGGUCGACAUGGGCUACGACAUUUCCGACUACGAAUCCGUCUACCCUCCCUACGGAACCGUAGCCGACAUGGACCAACUCAUCCACCAGUGUCAUGAGCGCGGCAUCAAGCUCAUCCUCGAUCUCGUCAUCAACCACACCUCGGACCAGCACGCUUGGUUCAAGGAGUCGCGCUCCUCGAAGACAAACGACAAACGCGAUUGGUACAUCUGGCGUCCGCCCAAGUACGACGCCCACGGUAACCGUCAGCGCCCAACAACUGGGCGUUCCAACUUUAACCAGCCCGCCUGGUCCUGGGACGAGGCUACACAAGAGUACUACCUCCACCUCUUCUGCCCCGAGCAACCCGACCUCAACUGGACCAACGACGAAUGUCGCCGCAACAUCUACAAGAGCGCCAUGCUCUUCUGGCUCGACAAGGGCAUCAACGGCUUUCGCGUCGACACAGUCAACAUGUACUCAAAGCCCAUGGACUUUCCCGAUGCUCCCGUCAUUGAUCCCGGCGCCGAUACACAGCCUGCCGGUCAACUCUACUGCAACGGUCCCAUGAUGCACACCUACCUCAAGGAGAUGGGCGAGAUCCUGGAGCGCUACGAUGCCAUGACAGUAGGCGAGCUCCCCAACACACCCAACACGGCCGACGUCGUCCGCUACGUCUCGGCUGCCGAAAACGAGUUGAGCGAGGUCUUCCAAUUCGACUUGGUCGACCUCGGUCGCAACCCAAUCGACAUGAUGUCCUUUGACGGUUUCAACUUACCACAGAUGAAGCGCGUUGUCGAAAAGUGGCAGCGAUUCACCCAAGGUAACGAUGCCUGGACCACCGUCUUUAUCGAGAACCACGACCAGGCUCGUUCCGUCUCUCGCUUCGCCUCGGAUCGUCCCGAGCAGGUUGCCGAUUCGGCCAAACUGUUGGCGCUCAUGAACAUGGCGCUCACCGGUACCGUCUACAUCUACCAGGGACAGGAGAUCGGCAUGACCAACAUCCCCAAAUCGUGGCCGGCGGAAGAGUACCUCGAUGUGAACAGCAUCAACUACUUGGCCGCCGUCAAGAAGCGCACCAAUAACGAUGCAAACGCAAUGGCCAAGGCGUUGCAAGGUGUCAACGCUCUCGGUCGCGACAAUGCGCGCACGCCCGUUCAGUGGUCCUCGGCGCCCAACGGCGGCUUCUCCAAGACGCCCACUACGAAACCGUGGAUGCGAACCAACGACAAUUACACGACGAUCAACAUUGAAUCUCAGCAGCAAGACGCGCACUCGGUGCUCAACUUUUACCGCACCGCCAUCGGCGUUCGCAAGCAGUAUGCAAGCCUGCUCGCUCGUGGUGAAUUCCGGCUGAUCGAUGAGCUAGACGAAAAGGUGUUCAAGUUUGUCAAGAUUGCCGACAGUGGCGAAUCCGCGUUUGUCGUGCUCAACUUUUCCAACGAGCUGCAGCACUACGAUCUGCCAUCCGAGUUGGGCCCGAACGCUGACGUAGUGCUUCAGACAACCCAGCACGGUCAAAAGGGUUGCUUGGCGCCGUACGAGGGCAGGCUCUACAUCGCCGCUGCCAAUUAG